AAAAUUGAAAAAGUGAAGAGAAAGAGAGAUAGAAGGAAGUGAAAUUUUUGUCUCGUGAAGCAGCAGGUGAAGAAGGAAAGGAAAGAAAAUAAAAGCUCACUCUUUUUCUCCAUUUUUCUUCUUCCUUCUUCUUUCUCUCUCUACUCUCUCUCUCUAAAAACAAAGCUUCUUCUCUCUCUCUCUCUCCCAACAACACUCACAUUCAUUCUUUACUUCUUCCUUUUAUAUAUCACGAGAUCCCCAUCCCUUUCUCUCUUUCCUCUCUCUCUCUCUCUCUCUCUACACUUUCCUUCUUCUUCUUCUUCUUCAUGUCUUCUUCAACAAACCCAUUUUUCACUACUCACUAUACACAUUGCUAACACUCAAAGAGUGUGUUUUUAGAGAGAGAGAGCAAAAGGGUAACCAUAGUUUCAACAAAAGAUUGAAUCUUACAACAACCCAUUAAUUAAGAAGAAGAAAAAAAUGUCACAUUCACCAGAAAAACCCGACUCAGAAAAACCCGAACCGGAGUUAGAAUCUUUUUCCGAUCGGUUUCGUGAAACGGUGAGUUUAGAAGUAAAUAAACCGGAUUUCAGAGAACUCGAUCUGGGUUCACCGGUUUCACCAUUGAGGACACGUGGAGGACCGUCGGUGAGUAGUAGUUCGGGUUCUUCUGGAUCUUUCUCUGGUCGAAAUGGGUCAAAUUCAAACCCGGUUUCUAAAAGAUCCGAUUCAGCACCGAAUAAUAAUAACAGUAACUCCGGUGAACUUUCCGGUUCUAGUGAGAACAGUCCAACGGCAGAGAGAUCUGGUGGGAAUGUAAGAGGUUCUAAACCGGGUCAUUCAAGAUCCAAUUCAGGAUCCGGUUUGACUUCGUUGACGCAUUCGGGUCAAACUGUGAACUCUCCACCGUUGAAUGUUCUUCCCACCGGAAACAUUUGUCCUUCCGGUAGGAUCUUGAAGACCGGUAUGAUGGUACCUAAUCGGAGUUCAAGAAGUGAUGUUCUUGGUUCUGGAACUGGAAACUAUGGUCAUGGUAGCAUAAUGCGCGGUGGAGGUGGUGGUGCCGGAGUAGUUUCUGGUAAAGGAGAGAGUAACAGUUUGAGAAGUAGCAUUGGGGGUGAUUUAGGAAAAAGAGGGGUGCAGGGUGUGGAUCCAGAAGAGCUUAAGAAAGCAGGAAAUGAGCAUUACAAAAAAGGUCAUUUUUCAGAUGCAUUGAGUUUUUAUGACCGUGCAAUUUCGUUGUCUCCAACGAGUGCUUCUUAUCGAAGCAACCGUGCCGCGGCCCUGACUGGUUUAGGGAGGUUAGCUGAAGCUGUCAAGGAAUGUCAGGAGGCUGUUAGAUUGGAUCCUAGUUAUUCUAGAGCUCAUCAUCGUUUGGCUUCUCUUUACAUCAGGUUAGGACAAGUUGAAAAUGCUAGGAAGCAUCUUUGUCAUCCUGGAUUGACGCCAGAUCCGGCGGAGAUGCAAAAGUUGAAAAUGGUGGAAAAGCAUAUUAAUAAAUGUGCAGAUGUUAGGAGGGUAGGAGAUUGGAAAAGUGUUCUGAGGGAACUUGGUGCUACUGUUGCUGCUGGAGCCUAUUCUUCUCCGCAGCUCUUUAUGUGUAGAGCAGAAGCCCUAUUGAAACUCCAUCAAAUUGAUGAUGCAGAAUCAGUUUUGUCACAUGUUCCGAAAUCGGAGCCUCGUACUAAUAGUAAUAAUACAUCUUCUCAAGUAAGAUUUUUCGGGAUGCUUUCUGAAGCUUAUUCCUACUUUGUCAGAGCUCAAAUUGAGAUGGCAUUGGGAAGGUUUGAGAAUGCAGUCACGGCUGCUGAGAAGGCGAGUCAGAUUGAUUCGCGAAAUCUUGAAGUUGCUGUUUUGCUUAACAAUGUAAGGAUGGUGGCAAGAGCUCGAGUUCGUGGCAAUGAUCUUUUUAAAUCGGAACGGUUCACUGAAGCUUGCUCGGCAUACGGGGAAGGUUUGAGAUUGGACCCUUCAAAUUCUGUUCUAUAUUGCAAUAGAGCAGCGUGUUGGUUUAAGCUUGGUCAAUGGGAAAAAUCAAUUGAAGACUCUAAUCAAGCAUUAAGUAUUCAACCAAGUUAUACAAAAGCUCUUCUUCGAAGAGCGACAUCAUACAGCAAGCUAGAAAGGUGGGAAGAAGCGGUUAAAGAUUAUGAGGUCUUGCGGAAAAACCUUCCAAAUGACAAUGCGGUUGCUGAAGCUCUUUUUCAUGCGCAAGUUGCGCUUAAGAAAUCUCGUGGAGAAGAAGUAUCUAAUUUAAAGUUCGGCGGUGAAGUGGAAGUAGUAUCAGGUCUUGAGCAGUUUAGAACUGCAAUAUCUUUACCUGUUGUUUCUGUUGUCCAUUUUGAAGUUGCAUCAAAUUCGCAAUGCAAGCAAAUAUCUCCAUUUGUGGAUACACUAUGUAGUCGAUAUCCAUCUAUUAACUUCCUCAAGGUGGACAUUCAAGAAAACCCGACAGUUGCAACUGCUGAGAACGUUAGAAUCGUGCCAACUUUCAAGAUAUACAAAAACGGAAGCCGUGUGAAGGAAAUCAUAUGCCCUAGUCGUGACAUGUUGGAACACUCCGUGAGGCAUUACAGCAUUUAGAAUUCAAUUCACCAUUUGUAAUACUUCUCUCUUCUCAUCUAUCUACAUUUUUCCUUCUCAUGGUCCCCAAAAUCCUCUGCUAGUCCCUACAGUUCUUCCAGUCUUUCGAUCCCACCAUUAAACAAUCACCGCCCGAUACCUGUGACAUAGUAAAAAAAAAACCAGACAAUAAUCUCAUUAGCAUCAUCGAAUGCCGUUGGAACCAUAGAGGUAGUAGUAAAGUUCCUUUUGGAGUUUUCAUUUUAUUCAUUCAUUCCUCAUUGCUCUUUGGUUCCAUAUAUAUGUUCCAAUGUUUCUUCCCAACUCCCUUGAUCAAUUUUCUUGUAUCCCCAGUUUCUUUCUUUCAAGGUAAAAAAAAGUGUUAUGUUGUACAAUUAUUUUCAUUAUGAGAUUUUAAAUUGCUUUUUAAGAUAGAAAAAUAUAGAGAGAUAUAUAGUGACAAAAAGGGAGUGGUGGAAGGUGUUGUGCUAGUUAAUAUUAGAGAGGGGAUCUGUAAUUCUGUACAUGUAUAUAUGUGAUGAUAUAUACACUAGACAAUGGAAGCCUUUGAGGGAAGAUAGGUUAAGUGGUGGGUGGGGUACCCUAGCAAAAGAAGGAUGAAAAUGUUAUAUCAUUGUUUCUUCUAUUUUUCUUUUAUUUUUCUUUCUUUACCCCUUUCUGUCUUGGCCAUUUAAUCAAUAAAAA